AUGUCGGAAGCACCUGAAUCUGCCGCUUCUCCGACCAGCGCGCAGCAUCCUGCGAUCCCGAGCCGAAGACCGGCUCGAGCCGCGGAGGUAUCACCCACCGCAUCAGCAGCAGCAUCAGCAGCAGCAGCAGCGAGUGGUCCCGGGAUGCCCUCAAUUCCCUCGCGGCGUCCGAGGCCGAAGACGUCAGACUCGAGCGGGAGUGAGGUCUCUACGUCGUCUGUGCCGAUUCAAACUGCUGCCGAGCAGAUUACAUCCUCUAUCCCGACGCAGUCCGUGGUCUCCGAGACAGAUGAGACCGAGGUAUCGCCGUACAGCGGCACAGCGGCCUCCGUGCCAGUCGCGAUCCCGCCCCGUCCGCGCAGGGCUGAUUCACCGUCCGUCAACCUGCAACCGGCGCGAAACAGCUUUGAGCGGGAUCAGCAGCUUGCAGAGGUUGAGAUGGAUCUCUCGCGCACUCUGGCAGAGAAAUACAAAGACGAGCCGGCGUCCGGUGGCGCAGCAGCAGCAGCGGCGACGGCGGGGGACGUGGACGAAAGUGAAGCCUCUGAGGAGAUGAUUCCGGAGGCGUUGACGAGGUCGUAUAGCGGCGAGGAACAUAUCGCGAGGGGACAGCUUGAGAUGCAUGAUGAGCCGCCGGUUGAUGAGAUUAUUAGCUCUGCAGAGUUAUCUGGCGCGGACGCGAGUGCGAGCGACGAUUCGCCGCGGCAAGAUGGACCAAUUCUGGCGCAUCCGCAACCCUCGAUUCCUCGUCGUCCGGCGACGCAGCUACCAACCUCAACAACACCAAAGAUCCCUGAACGCACUCGUAGCAGCGGCGGCGAAGAGCCUUUAAUUCCCGACCGCCCAGCUUCAAGACCAUUACGCCGAGUCCCUACGAAAGAAGAAGAGACCGCACCAGUAGCGAACGAGCCGAGUCCUGCUGUUAUUGAGCAGCAGGUGCCGAAGAUUCCUAGUCGGCCUACCACGCCGCGCGUCCCCGGUCGUCCAGCAAGUCGCGCGCAGAAAGAGACGGAGACGGGAGCGAGUGAGGGGCCGGCUGCUGUUGAACCGGCUGUGCCUCAUCGGCCGGCAGGACGGCCGUCGCGAGGUGGUGUUUCUGCUAGUACUACGGAAUCAGCUGUGGCGCCUGCUGCUGAGGAGGAGGGUGAGAAGGAGAGUCCAGUGGUCGAAAGCCCGGUCGUCGAGCCAGCGGUGCCUCAUCGUCCUGCUGGGCGACCUUCACGAGGAGCCGCUAAUACUACAGCCGAGGAAGUGGCGGUGAAUGUGCCCACGACUGAAGGAGAUGCUGAGAAGGAGAUCUCAGCUGUCGAAAGCCCGGUUGUCGAGCCAGCGGUGCCUCACCGUCCUGCGGGGCGGCCAUCGCGAGGUGUAGUCGCUAGUACUCCUGCUGCGACCCAAUCAAGCCAGAAAAUCGCGGAGUCUGUUCCUACAACCGAAGAAAGUGCUGAACAGGAUACCUCAGCUGUCGUUUCUUCGGAAGAGACCCCUGCUAUUGCAUCUACAGAGACAAUUAAAUCUGCGGAAGUGGAAGAGAAAGUAGAUGUUCCUCCUACGCCGCGUCUGGACAGAACCGAGUCUGAUGUCUUGGCCGGGUUGAUUGAUUCAUAUACCUCCGAGGACGGCGACCUGGAGACGACGAAGGAAGGUGAUGAGAAGGAAGUUGUGGGUCUUGAUGCUGUUGCAGAGGAGAAAGAGAAGGUUGAAGCAGCAGUUGGAGCUGAGAGCGCUGCUGCUCAUGAAGACAAGGCGAAGAGUGUCGAUCCGAAGGACGUAGUGCCGCCGGUGGAGGAAACACGCGUACCAGCCGCCGAAGAGCAAGCAUCUAGUCCCCUGCCACAGCCCGAAGCUCCAAAACGUCCGAGUAUACCAGCUCGUCCCGGCGUUCCACGUCGCCCUCCUCGACCGUCUACUCAGCGCAGCGGCAGUGGAGGCAGCAGCAGCAGCAGCUCUGCAGUCCCCGUCAAGUCGCCGACUGAGGAGAGUGCACCUGCGCCGCAACCCAAGCCGAAACCCGCACCGCCGGCGCGUCCGAACAAGUUGUCCGGGAUCCGGGCGGCAUUUGCAAAGGAUCUAGAAUCACGACUUGGCAAGAACGGACCGAUGCCGAUGAUGAUGCCGCGGCCGCCUGGUGCGCCGAUUUCGAGUCGAUCUGUAGGCGAGAGCGAGGCUGCGGGUGCGACGGAGGAGAGACCUGAGGAGACGAAGAGUAAAGGGAAAGAGACAAAGCUGGAGGAUGCGAGGAAGAGUCGCGCGAGGGGACCGAGAGGGCGGAAGUUGCCGACGCCGGCGGUGGUGUUGCCUAGCGGAUGGGGGUUCAGCAGCGUUGUUACCGUGUGGGAGGUUGGGUAUACCGAGACACCAUUGGCGAAGGAGCCAGAGGUGGAGCCUGAGCGUGAGCCUGAGUCUGCUGCGGUGAAGUUAGACGAAAGUGUUUCAGGUUCGUUGAGUGCAGUGGAGACGAGCGAGGAAAAACCUAGAGAAGAGACGAAGGAUGGCGGCGAACUCUCUACUGCAGAAGGCUCUGCAGCACCAGCGGCUGUCGUUGCAGAGGAUGCUUUGACGACGGAGACGGCUGCAGCUGCAGCUGCUGUUGCAGAGGAAGGCAGCGGUGAAGUAAGUGCUGCUGCUCCUGCUGCAGAGGAGAAGGAUGUGGAAACGACGGUAGUGGAGGAGGCGGUAUCUAAGGUGACUACGUCUACAUUUCCGGAUGGUGAUGAGGAGGACGACGAGAGUCAUACAUUUUACGAUUCUGCGGAGACCACUGCGGGACUUGCUGCGAGUAUCUCGAGUGAGAAACCGGAGGAGGUUGUGGAGGAAGAGAAGGAGGAGGAAGAAGAAGAGAGCGAAGAGGUAAAAAAGCAUACAGAGACGGCCGAGAAGAGGAAGGAGAUAGAGGAAGCGGCGGGUGUUGAGACGGCCUCUUUGUCGGAGUCGUGA